AUGAGGUUGCCACUAGGAGGAAUCAUACUCGCGCUGGCGACACAAGCUGUCGCGUUUCCUUCCGAGAGGGUGCUUGGCCAAGGAGCUCAGCAAGGCUUAGUCUUAGAUGAUGUCCAGUUUGAGCAUUUUUCUCAUUCGGCCAUACCGGACUACAAGCUCAGGAUCAAGGAGCCCAGGCUAUGCGACCCUACCGUUAAGCAGUAUAGUGGCUAUCUCGAUGUCGCAGAAAGUAAACACCUAUUCUUUUGGUUUUUCGAGGCUCGAAACAAUCCAGAGACGGCACCAAUUGUCAUUUGGCUAAAUGGAGGGCCGGGAUGCACAAGCGCUAUGGGCCUUUUCUUCGCUCUCGGUCCUUGCUCGAUCGAAAAAGGUGGAAAUGGCACGACAGUAAAUGAUUGGUCGUGGAACAACAAUGCGAACCUGUUGUUCAUUGAUCAACCCGCUGGAGUCGGAUACUCGUACAACACUGGACCCGAAGUCACCGACUCGUUCGUUGCGGCCGAAGAUAUGUGGUCGUUCCUCCAACUAUUCUACAAGCGGUUCGGCCAGUACGCAGGUGAACUGCACGUCGCUGGAGAAUCGUAUGCCGGAACAUACGUUCCACAUAUCGUCAAUGCGAUUUGGAAAAACAACCGAAAACUUGGAAAGAGCGACGAGUUGGUCAAGGUGAAUUUGACGAGUAUUUUGAUUGGUAACGGUUUGACGAAUCCAUCGUAUCAACUCCCAGUGUUGUAUGAUUGGUGGUGUGGAAAAGGCAAAUGGCCCGUGUAUGACCAGGAUAGCGAGGUAUGCAAACAGCUCGCCAGGGAUAUUCCAGUCUGUCAGCGUCUCCUAAAGUCGUGUGAAGACUACGGUUCUGACAUUGUGUGCGGCACGGCUGGGUUGUUCUGUUUCGACCGAACACUUGCUCGGGCUGCGGAGUCUGGUUUAAAUCCUUAUGAUGCGAGGAUGAAGUGUGGUCGUACAGAGGAUUCGGAAUGCUAUGACGCCAGCAGGUGGAUUCCGAUGUAUCUCAAUAGGCCAGAGAUAAGGAGACAGCUUGGUGGGCACCCUGAUGUCUUAUUUACAUCUUGCAACAUAACCGUGCACAAGAGCUUUAUCAGGUCUGGAGAUGCUGCGCGGAAUUCUGCACUUUUAUUACCCGACUUGAUUAAUGACGGAGUUCGGAUGUUAAUCUACGUUGGAGAUGCCGAUCUGUUGUGUCCUGGGACAGGUCAAAUUCUUUGGAUGGAACACCUUGGCACUAUGUUCCAACAAAAAUUCAUAGACUCCCCUGCUACAGAUUUCCGAACGCACAAUCGCACUGCUGGGUUCGUCCGUUCAACUGGCGGGAACAAAGAAGCUGGUCGCAUAGCCUAUGUUGAGUUAUUCGAAGCUGGGCACAUGGCUCCGCAUGACCAACCCGACGCAGCACUUGACAUGUUUAAUCGUUGGAUCUGGAACAAGCCACUGUCUGGAGAGAAGUAG